GAAUCAGAUUGCCCUUUUUCAGUCUCUGGCCGGGCUGGGAGCGAACGGCGCUCAGCGGGCCGCCAAGUUCCUGUCUGCAUCCUGCUCCGUGGCUCCGCUCAUUGUGGGUGCACUGCCGCUUUCGGAUACUUCGUUGUUCGACGUCGUCUUCUUCGGCUGCUGCUUGGAGCUGCUUUGCAUAGCUGCCACAGCGAUCACCGCUUUACACGCGUGGCCGGAGUGGCCGACGAAGGGCUUCGGUCCGACCGUGUUCUGCACGCUCUUCGUUGCCUACUCGUUGGGGUACGGCGCCGUCGUCAGUGUUAUGCCGAUGCUGACAAGGAGGUCGGCACCCGAAGGCGCUCUCUGCUCCGGCCUUAUGCAGGCCUUCGUCGCCAGCCUCUCCGCAGGAGCCAUCCUCGGAAUUGCCGCGGCUGCUGCUGCCGCCGCUUCACAUUCCGCGGCUCUCGGACCCAUGGCAGCGUUUCUGUCCUUGAUCCUUGGAAUGGCGACCUUCCCUCCACUGGGAGGCCUUCCGCUCAAGGUCGCCAGGUGUAUCCUGAAGGCAGGUCUACACCUGGGCCCGGAAGAGCUUCUGGCCUGGGAGCAGAAGCAGCCGGCAAACUGCCUUCUGAGCUCACCCGCUCCGUCGAAGGAGGCGCCGGUGCCGGCAGCCUCGCUUGCAUCGCUGUUGCCAACAUUGCUGCUGCUGUCCCCGUUCUAUGCUGCAGCAAGUCAGUGGACGACGUCUUGGUAUGUCCAAACGCUUUACUGCGACAGGUGUGUCUUCGGCAUUGUCAUCCCUGCCUGCCUGUUGCAAGGCUUCGAACGCCUUAGCUCCCUGGCCGCGCUCACGUGGUUGCGGUCACGGACGACUGUCCUGCGGCUGAAACUGCCCAAGCGCUUGGGUUUGGGAUCCGUCUGCGCAGCCCUGGCGAUGCUCGCCGCGGCACUUGUCGAGGUGGCUCGGCGCGACUGGGCACCGCGACUUCCUGGACAACCGGAGGUCUCAUCACUAAGUGUCGCCUGGCUGCUCCCGCAGUUCGCCCUUAUCGCCGCUGGUGAGGCAUUUAUCUACCCGGCAUCUGCCGAGUUCCUCUCCUCCUCACCUUUUGCCUACGGCCUGGGUUGCGCAGCACAGGCUGGGGCCGUUGCGCUGUUGGGCCUUUGGCUGGGCUACUUGAAGGCAUGGAUUCCGGAUGGCUCCCCAAAUCAAGGGCACUAUGACUUGUUCUACCUGUGUUUGGGUGCAGCCGGGCUGGUCGCGAGCGGUCUCUUUGUGCUUCUGCCGUUCCCAACAUUUAGCCAGCACGGCUGA